AUGGACGCGACGCCGGCGGCGCUACGGGCGCGCCUCGUGGAGCGUCCGGUCGCAAGCCUCGACGAGCUCAAGUCUAUCGUGCUGCCGCCGCUUGCGCUAGUCGGUGCACUGCCGGAAAAGUACGUAGCGUACCGCGCAGACGCACCGCCGCCCUCGGCACUCGGGGGGUGGUGGGCGACGAUGCAGCAUGCGCUUCUCACGCAUACAUUCGUGACGUGGGGCGACGCACUCCAAAAGGCGCACUUGUACGAUACGAUUAUCGACGGCUACUUUGUCCCGCAGGAGCCGCGGGUGUGGCUGCACACCCUCGCGACGUGCUCCGAGCAGCUCCGCGCAGCGCGCCCGGGCCAGGACGCACGCCUGCACCCGCUUGGGCGUACGGCACUCGUGCACAUCCUCGAGCGCUUUGGCCAAAAGCCGCUUGUGCAAAAAAUCCUGCUGGCUGUCGACGCGGAGCGGAGCGCCCCGAAACGCGACCUGGCCUGGACCGACGCCGUGGGCCAGCUGGUCGCGCUGCCGACGCGCGCCGCCAACGCAUUUGAGCACGAGACACCGGCAUGUCUAGGAACAAGCCUCUAUCUCGGCCACCUCGCCCAGGAUUGGGAGGCGGCGCUUGCGACGCACGGCAACCCCCAACGCCUGGCCGAGCUCCUGGCGAAGCUCGUGCGCAGCGGGUUUGUUGCGCCGAGUCCCCACGGCUCGUUUUGGGCAUCGAUUGGUCCGGCGCUCGUUGCGCGCUGGCAGGACGGUGCAUCGGCCCAGAUGGCGUUCACGGACGAAUAUACCCAUGCAUGGCACGGCGUCAGUGCCGAGCUCGGCACGGCGCUGGACGCCGUUCUCUAUGCGCUGGCCGCGUACCUCGACCAGCUGCUCACUCGCACACACUGCGCAUGGCCGCUGGACAUGUCGGAGCAAAGCGCCGGGUCUGAAGGCAAGCAUUUUCUCUCGGCGGAAGCGACAUACGCACGCAGCGCGGCCUACUCUCUUCUCGAACUCGUCGGCGGCGGAGACGACGACGUGGCAGGCAUGGAUGCCGUACACAUCGGCAGUGCAUACCCCGGCACGCUCUGGAGCCCGUUGCUGAGCCUUGCGCUGGCAGCCUGGACUCCGCACGACGCCUUGCAGGACCUAGUCACGUACUGGGCCAGCGCCGAGCGGUGUGUACGCACGUCGGUCAAACAGGAACAGUCGCUCACCGCGAUGCUCUUGGCGUACACCACGGAUGCGUCGGCCAAAGGGGCAUGGGAGGCACUGGCGCACAGCCCCCUCUUUCUCGAAGGCGUCUCGCGGCACUUGGAUCAUACCGAUGCGACGAUCCGGCGUCUCGGCAUGCUCGUUGCCGAGCGCGUGAGUCGCAUUACCGUCGCUCCGCCGACCAAGCCGCUGUCAUUUCCGAGCAGCGUAUGGGACGGCCGUGGCGACGGCCGCGAAGUGUGCCGCGUCCUGCGCGCGCUCGCCGACUCGUUCCAGCUUGGCGAGAUCGCGGACGCGAAGGUCGACGCAGCGGCGUGGACCGACGCGCUGCACUUGCACGAGGAGCCGAAAUCGCUUGCGUUGCCGGAAUCGGCACCCGCCCGCCCGGCGCCAAAGACACGCCGCCUCCCGGAGCGUGUCCCGGCAAAGCCGCCGCCUCGUGCGCCUGCGCGCCCCAAGAUUGAAGUGCUCGACGAGACGACAGACGAAUUCCAUACGUAUGCGCCGCCGCCGCAGCACGAUAUGAGCUCUGACGAAGGCGCAGACAGCGAGUCGGACGAGGGCGAGGACGACAAGACGACGCUCGACUCGGCCUUUACCAAGCCGCGCCCGGUGCCAGUCUACGUCUACGAGCUCGCGCCGCUUGCGCGCGAGCGCGACGUGUACGCACAAAAGACGCUCCUGAAGCAUGCGGAGCCGCUCCUGCGUCGCAAGACGGGGUGGGGCGCCGAGAUUGCCGAGCAUGCCGUUGAUCUGUGCGUCGCCCUGUGCUCGAUGCAGGACACCUACUCAUUGCGUGCCUUUGAGGAGCGGCGCACCGCCGCGCUCGCCGCGCUGUGCAUUGCGUGCCCCGACCCUGUGGCCGACUGCCUGUACGAGCAGCUGUUCCUCCCCCACUAUGCCGUGGCGCAGCGCAUCGCGAUGCUGCACGCCGUGGCGUACGCGGCACAAGAGCUUGCCGGUCAGCGCACGCCCGAGCACAUCAACGUGGCGACGACGCGUCUUGCGGACGAUGCCGCAAUGCAUGCACGCGAGGCCGGCGAGCGCCAGACGGCCGCGGCGGACCCCGAGCGCCAUGCGGUGCGUGUGCGCCGGCACGCGGUGCGCUCUGCACUCGCGCCGGAUACGCCGCUCCCCUUUGCGCCCGAAGGCAGUGUGCGCCCGACGGUCGCGUAUACCACUGCGGCGCUCCCGGCGUUCCUCUUUCCCCUGCUGAAUCGGUACUGGACGUACUGCCAAGCGCACCGUGGCCAGCGCGUGCUGCGUGCCGGCGGCGACGUGGCGCUCAGUGCGCCGGUGCUUGGCGCCAUUCUCCAGACGCUCGCCGUGCUGUGCUACUAUGCGCAAAACGCGCCGCACUUUUACCAGCGCCUCGUCCCCGAUGUGCUCGAGUUGGUAGACGCGGUGCUUGCGACGCCCGACGUCGAUGCCCUGGUCGCCGGUGCGGCGCUGUCGCUUGCGCUGAUUGUGCUGCAGGCCACGCUGCAAGCCUCGCAAGGUCUCGACCUUGUGCGAGCGCACGCCCCCCUGCUUGCGCGUCUGCAGCAGGCCGCACAAGGGUGCUUUGCCGCAGAAGAGACACGCGCCGGCCUCGGUGCCCCCACGCCCGAGGUACUCGCCGCGCCGAGCGCGCGUGCGCGGCGCUGCGCUGCGGCGGUCGUGGUGCAGCUUGCCGAGCUCCAGGACGAGGCGCAAAGAGCCUUUUUCCAUCCUGGUCGCGUUUGGUAG